UAAGCAUAGUUUCAAAGAUGAUCUCAACACGUACACAAGUUUUUGUGGCUAUGUUCCUGCUGGUCUUGGCUGUAGCCAAUUGUCAGCUGACCUUCUCGCCAGAUUGGGGCAAACGUUCGGUGGGUAGCAGUAGUAGUGUGGGCAGUGGUACAGCUGGUUUCUUCGAUGCACAGCCUAGUGGUAACUGUAAGACCUCAAAUGAGAUGCUCCUGGAAAUAUUUCGCUUUGUUCAGGCCCAGGCGCAACUUUUUCUUGACUGUAAACAUCGAGAGUAAAAUUUAGAUUUCAGCUAAACACCUUUAAUCAGUGCUCAAAUAAAUAUAUUGGAUAUUAAUUAUGCAUAUGUUUAAUUAUUAAUUUGGGGUAGUCGGCAUUAGUUCUGUUUUCAAAGCAUUAAAAAAGCUAUAUAAAACGUAUGAAAAAUUUAUUAUUUUACCAAUAAAUGUAUACACAUAAAUAAAUGUAAAAUAACUACUACUAAUAAAAUACUUAUGAAUG